CCACUCAGCUCUCCUCUGUAUGACAGGAUGGGCGGCUGAUGGGACAUGCGUCACCCGCUGAUAUGGCGAUUGCGUGCUUGUUCCACGCUCGCAACCUCCUUUAGACGAUAUUCCAUCAUGGCUGAAAAUUUGGUGCCUCUGCCCCCGGUUGAGAAGUUGAGUGAUAGGGUUAUUCGGGUGUUGGGAGGGAAUCCGGGAAAGUUCACGCUUCAAGGCACAAAUACAUACAUAGUGGGCACCGGAUCCAAACGCAUCCUCAUCGACUCAGGCCAAGGUGAACCCGCCUGGAUCUCCUCUAUCAAAAAAGUACUUUCUUCCGAAAACAUCACCCUCACCCACGCUCUCAUAACACACUGGCAUCACGAUCACACCGAAGGCGUACCCUCGCUCCUAGAGCACUCCCCCGCCACAAAAGUCCAUAAACGCGACCCUCAAUCCCACUCGUCAGCCUCAACAACCUGGCACGACAUCCGCGAUGGCGAGACUUUUACCACUGAAGGCGCGACACUCCGUGCAUUCCAUUGCCCAGGCCACACCACCGAUCACACAGCCUUCGUACUCGAAGAAGAAUCGGCCAUGUUCACUGCCGACAACGUCCUCGGACAAGGCACUGCCGUCUUCGAGGACCUCGCAGUCUACAUGAACUCUCUAGACCGCAUGCGCACCCAGUUCGAGAACCGCGCGUACCCCGGUCACGGCCCCGUCAUCGAGGAUGGCCCAGCUAAGAUCCGCGAGUACAUUUCUCACCGCAAGCAGCGCGAGAAGCAGGUCUUGGACGUGCUGGCUAGUGACGAGGAAAGGAAGGCGUGGACUUCGAUGCAGAUCGUCAAGGUCAUUUAUAAAGACUACCCGGAGAGCUUGUGGGUUCCAGCCGAGAGGGGUAUUAUACUGAUAUUGGAGAAGUUAGUGGGCGAUGGGAAGGUCAGUAAGGUUGGAGGUGGGAAAGGGGAGGAUGGCGAGAUUAAGUGGGAACUGAAUGACAAAGCUACGUCUUCGCUCUAG